AUGCGUGCCCACUUGAGGGGUGACACCGCCUACUCAGAGUUUUUCCAGCGGCGUUUGGUUCUGGGCGAGGGUAGACUGCCAUCAGAUGAUAAUGGAAUGGUUUCGAUUGAAUCUGUUCGCUCAGUCGUCGAGACAGCUUCUCAAUUGGUGAAUUGCGUCUUCCCAAACCUCGAAUCCAAUUUCCGUAACAUGGAAUGGCGUAGUCAACGCGCCAUUCUUGCCCCCAAAAACCGUACUAUUGAUGCGAUUAUCUACGAGCUUCUCCCACAAAUCCCAGGUGAAGAGCGAGUCUACAAAUCCAUCGAUAGGACACCAGACUCUGAGGUUGUUGUUGACUAUCCAAUCGAACUAUUGAAUUCACCCCAACUUCUAAAGUUGAAGGUCGGGGUUCCAAUUAUGCUCCUUCGCAACUUGGUUCCCCCAAAACAAUGUAACGGCACACGUUUGGUGGUGAAGUCGCUAUCUCUGAACCACAUUGAGGCUACGAUAAUCACAGGUUGCGAACGGGGAGAGGUGGUGAUGAUUCCCCCGGAUGCAUCAGUACCCCUCUGGAGCAGACAUUCCCUUCAUGUUUAG